AUGACAGAAAUGACACUCGUCAACAAGUCCAGACAGUCCUUUGACAGUGUUAUGGAUGGGGAUGACAACAGCCAUAUACACACAAAUGUAUUUGAGUGGGCUUUGCAAGGAAACACGGAUGCUCUGGAGAAGCACGCCAGGUACCUGGACAUACGUGACCCUAGCGGUGCCAGCCCACUACACUAUGCUGCAUCCAGGGGACAUUUUUGCACCAUCAAACUUAUUGUGCAGAUCACCGGACAACAAGAGAUGAAUAUCAGGGACGAGGACGGCAAUACUCCAUUGCACUGGGCUGUACAGAGGGACCAGGCACGGAGCUGCUCUGUAUUGCUGAACCUGGGAGCCGAUCCGAACAUCCUCAAUAACAGCCACCAGUCACCGCUACAUCUAGCUGUCAGCCUAGGCAAUAAUGCCCUGGUAGAACAACUCGUCCUGCAUGAACAAACCGAUGUGAACCUGGAAGGGGACCUGGGAAACACGCCUCUUAUAUUAGCUGCUUGUUUGAAUAACCAUGUGGCUCUAAGCAUUUUGUACACACAUGGUGCAAAACUGUGUCGUCAAAACAAACUUGGACAUUUCCCUAUUCAUUCUGCUGCAUUUUUUGGAGCUAAGAAAUCAAUGGAGGUCAUUCUUCAGAAAGGGGAAGAAGCUGGUAUGUCCAUUGAUGCCCAUAUAAACUAUGUGGAUAAAUCCUGCAGCAGUCCACUGCACCUGGCUGUACGUGGAGGAAAUCUUGAAGUGAUUAAACUCUGCAUUGCAUACGGAGCAAAGAUUCAUCAGCAGCAGUGUGAUAGGUCAACCGCUCUCCAUUUUGCAUGCAGCCAGGGUGCCGUUGAGGCUGUUAGAGUCAUGCUGUCGGCUUACAGUAAAGUGGGUGAACUUAUAAACAUCACUGAUGGAGCCCACCAGACACCUCUACACAAAGCGGCAAUUUUUGAUCAUUUUGAACUCUCAGAGUACCUCAUUUCACAGGGUGCUGAUAUUGACUUUGUUGACUGCAAAGGCAAUUCACCCCUCCUACUGGCAACAAGUUGUGGAGCAUGGAGAACUGUUAAUCUGCUCAUUUCUCACGGGGCUGAUCUGACGAAGAAAGAUAAAUCUGGAUGCAAUUUCUUGCAUCUCGCAAUUUUGCAACCCAGGGGGCUGAAAAAUCUGCCCACAGAGGUACUGCAGCAUGAGAGUGUAAGAGAGCUCUUGAAUGAUGAGGAUAUGGAGGGCUGUACUCCUCUUCAUUAUGCCUGUAGACUGGGAAUACCGGAGAGUGUGAAGAAUAUCUUGGGAUUAGAGGUCUCACUGGAUCAAAAAUGCAAACAAAAGAAAUCUGCACUUCAUUUUGCAGCUGAAUAUGGAAGGAUCAACACAUGCCACAGGCUUCUGGAGAUGAUGACAGACACCAGACUGUUGAAUGAAGGGGAUGAGAACGGACUGACCCCUCUGCACCUGGCAUCUUGUGGCGGUCAUGUUAAAGUUGUCGAACUUCUUCUCCGCAAGGGGGCGUUGUUUCACAGUGAUUACAGAGGAUGGUCGUGUCUGCAUCAUGCUGCAUCUGAAGGAUACACACAGACCAUGGACACGUUGCUGGCAUCUAACAUUAAACUGCUGGACACAACUGAAGGAGAUGGGAACACAGCUUUACAUCUGGCAGCCAGGGCAGGACAUGUGGCUGCCGUAAGACUGCUGUUAUACAGAGGAGCCAAGAUUAUCCUGAACAAGAGUGAUGCUUCUUUCCUGCAUGAGGCUGUACAUCACGGGAGGACAGAGGUUACUGAUGCUGUGAUCGAGAGUGAUAGGUGUGAGGAGGCUAUGACAACAUAUAAACCAAAUUCAGGAAAACGCUGCAUCGUUAUGGACAUGAUUGAGUUUCUUCCAGAAUCCUUUAAACAUCUUCUAGACACAUGCAUAAUGGAGGCAGAGGAAGAUGUAAACUCCUGCAGUUACUUUAUUGAAUACAAUUUCAGGUGGCUUCAGCAUCCACUGCAAAAGCUUAAAAAGGAAAGUGGGACAAGAGACGGCACCUACAAACCUCUCAAUGCACUAAACGCUAUGGUACAUUUUAAUCGUGUCAGCUUGCUGACCCAUCCAGUCUGCAAGAAAUAUUUAGAGAUGAAAUGGAAUGCUUAUGGCAUCAAGGCACAUCUCCUUAAUAUGACUGUGUACGCACUCGGGGUGUUUCCCUUAACAUACCUCAUCGUGAGCUUGAGGCCCACAUUAAACACCGCACACAAUGUGACAUCAGUCGACAUGGUCUGCACAUCCCUGCAGCAGCAAUCAUAUUUUAUAACAACAAGCAUGUUCCUCAUUCUCGCUAUGAAUCUGUAUGCAGUUGGAAAGGAGAUCCUGCAAAUGGUUCAUCAGCGAGUGAAUUAUUUGCGAGACUCGUCUAACUACAUGGACUGGGCCGCUGCCAUCUCCGCCCUGCUGUUUGUGGUGCCGCUUCUGCAGAACACAAAGAGGAUCUGGAACUGGCAGGCUGGAGCGCUGGCCGCUUUGGCCUCCUGGAUCAAUCUCCUCCUUUAUCUCCAGCGGUUUGAACGAAUUGGUAUAUAUGUGGUAAUGUUUCGAGAGAUCUCCAGAACACUGCUGAGCAUUAUUGUGCUGUUUUUCUGCUUGAUAUUGGCAUUUGCUUUGUCCUUCUAUGCCUUGAUGAUCGAACAGCGACACUUCGGUAGGCUGUUCCUUUCGCUGAUGCAGACCUUUGUCAUGAUGGUAGGAGAAAUCAACUACCAGGACAAUUUCCUGAAACCCUUCCUGCAGGGAACUCUUCCAUUCCCGAACUUGACGCUGGCAAUGUUUGUUUGGUUCGUCUUACUCGUACCCAUUCUCCUCAUGAACCUACUGAUUGGUUUGGCUGUCGGUGACAUCGCGGAGGUUCAGACAAACGCUUGCUUGAAGCGUAUUGCAAUGCAGAUUGAACUUCACACUAAUCUGGAGGAGAGGCUUCCCUACUGGUUUAUGAAGAGGGUGGACCAGAUCUCCGUUAAGGAAUUCCCAAACAGAUGCUUCAGAGGAAAGAAAAAGUGGUUUUUCUUUGGGAAUAAAGUGAAGAGUGUCAGGACUCGUCUUAGUCCCACAACACCUCAGUGCACUCCGGUCGAACGGGAGCUAGCCAAACAAAAAUACAGGCUGAAGGAGAUAGCAGAGAUUUUGGAAAAACAACACAACCUGCUGAAGCUCGUAGUGCAGAAGAUGGAGAUCAGCUCAGAGGCUGAAGACCACGAUGGCCCUCCAAUCUUUCAAGAGUUGAAAGAGAAACUCCUCACUAGAAGCAAAUGGGGACCUCUGCUCAGGGCUGUUACUGCGAAAAGGAAAUGA